AUGCGGGAUAGACGGCGCAAUGCUAAUUCUUCUACUGAAGUUGAAAAUCGCACUAAUCUACUUAGAGGAUUUAAGAACUUUAUGACUCCUAAAGAAAAGGACUUUGUUGCUUUCCUUUUUGAGCGUACUAAUAAGAAAAGAGAGGCCCAAACGCCUGAUUUUUAUCUACCUACUAAUUCGGCAAUUAGUAAUGACGUCAUCAGCGACACAAAUAAUACUAUAAAUGGUAUAAAUAUAAGUAGUAGUGGUAUAAGUACUGGUGAUAUAAAUAGUAGUUUAAGCAAUAAUGCAAGUAGUAGCAACGUAAGUACUGUAAGUGGGGAGAAGAAUGCGAAGCCGUUCUUUGAAGGGGCUUUAGGGAAGGCAAUUAGAAAGUCUAGUAAGAAAGGGACUUUGGUGGUUGAGAAGUCCGAUCGGGUAUUUAUGGUGAAGAAGAAGAUUCAGUCCCGGGCUAAAAUAGAAGAGAUUUACGAUGUAUUGCAUAGAUCGGAAGUUCUUGGGGUGGCUGGGAAGAGUUUAGAUGGUUUAGAUAGUAGUAAACUAGUGAUUGAGCUGCUUGGGGAGAUAAAGGAAGAUUUAUUUAACUUAGAUAAGGGGGUGAGUUUAGUACGACGGUUGGUUGGUAAAGAAGCAUCUGGGAAUGAGAAUGGAGCGAAUAGUGAGGCGUAUGGUCGAGCAAUUGUGCUUAUUUUGUUUGAGCGGCUGGUUUAUGUGGCGGCUAAUCCGGAAUUUUGUCAGUUGUUGCCGGCUCUAGUGCCUUAUAUGCGCCGUAAUCCGCGGGACUGGCAAGGACGUUUGAACGGCUUAGCUGGUCCGAUUUUAGGAAAUACAGCUGGAGUACUGGUGGGAUGUUUGGUCUUUUUGAUCUUGAAAGAGAAAGAUGAGAAGCAGUACCAACGCUUAGCUAAUGACGUUCUUCUCUUGUUAACUCCGUCUACUUUAAACCGGCUCUUUUUAGGAAGUAUUGCCGUUCAUUUAGUUUGGCAGUUAUUAGUAGCUAUGAUUAAAGGUGUAAGCACGGCCGAGGCAGCCGCACUCAGAAAGAAGUUAGAGCCAGAAAUAGCUCGGGGGCUAAAAAGCAGGUCGCCCGCUCUAGUAGAUAGUAUUAGGACCUUUUUGAAACGAUGCCCGCCGUGUAAAGAACAAUAA